UUCCUUUUUACCUCGCGUUGUUUCUUGUCGUAUUGUUGCUAAGAUUGUGAUCCAAAUGACUGUGCAAAGUACCCUCGUCUUGCUACUCACUGUGUUGGCAUCGAUUAGCAUUGUUGCAAUUAUUAUACUUUUAGGUUGGUUUCUUAUUUGGAAGGCGUUCCUAUCAAAAUUCCGGCUUGUUCGUGAGCUGUUAGGCCAAGCGAACGAAGAUAAAGCUCACGCCCAGAGCAAUCAUCCCGAGAAAUCCUCCAAAUCCCGAAAGAUUCGAAAAGACUAA